AUAAGCCAAAAAUUAAAAGAUAAUACUUAUGAACAGGUUAUGAACCCAGCUGCCAGAAGAGGCUUACCUUUCACUCUGAGUGAAAUGGGAUGCACAGGACAAAGCUUCCUUCCAUAUUCACAUGUGUCAAGCAGCAGUAAAAUCAAAACUGUCUGUGUGACAACAAACAAACAAGACAUGGUUAUAGAUCAAGAAAUUAAUGACAGCCUUUUGAAAUCUCUGACCCUUGAUUCAUCCAAUUCAACUUCCAAUAAUGAGGACUUGCAUACAACUUCUGGAGCUGGGGAGAUCUCAUCUCCUUUAAACUACUCUAGUCCUAUUAAGCUUAUGUUUGUCUCAGAGGUUAAUAGUAGCGAAGGAGUCAAAUAUACUUUGACAUCUGCAGCUGCAUCUUCUAAAGGACGCACAGAUAUUCAUUUGUUUCAGGGGCACACAAACACUUUGUUAGACAAACAGGCCACGGGAGAUCUUUCUGCAAUCUGUGUCAAGGAUUGUGAUUACAGUGAAAAUGAUACCAAGGGGGAGUCAAGCUGUGUUUAUGUGGAAGCAAUUACAAGCUCUUGUCCAGUUGGUCAAACUAACUUAAAUGACUCGAAACAAAACAACGAAGUUGUGGAGAAAUCAAGCAGUAGCAGUGAAUCGGUUUUAAAAAGAAAACCUGGUAGACCAAAGAAAAUAGGUCCUCAAGUUGUUAAGCAGGUCAAGAGACCUAUUGGACGGCCUCCAAAACCAAAAAUAGACAUGACUGAAAGCACAGAAUCUAGACCUGAACUUAGCCGUGAUGGUAAAAGUACCGAAUCUGAUGCAGCAGUAAUGGAAGAAGUUAACAGCAACAAAAAUAUUACGGUGACAGUUGUUUUUGGAAGGUCAAGAAGAACUAAGAGACAUGUUUCUGAAGGUAAUCCAAAUGUAAUCAGCAUUCUGCCCACACAACACAUUGAUCCUAAUUUUGCCAAUCACCACAGCAAAGCGAGGCACAAUGCAGAAACUGAAAAUGCUUUGACUGAAAUAGUAAAAGCCUUACAGAAUUCUUCUACUGAAAAUGAGGUCUCUGGUUAUGACUAUGUCAGACCUAUCAAGAGUAACCUAGCAUCACCACAUCCUUGCAGCAAUAUUAUACGGCCAAUUAAGAAACCAUUAACCACCAUUCGAAAACCUGGUAGGCCAGCAAAAGUAAAAAUAUCCGGCAUAUCAGUGACUGUUAGUAGAGUUUCACCUCAGGAAAGAAAAGUUAGUAUUAGCAACUGUUUGCCUCCUUUACAACAGCAGAAUGUGUUAGAAAAAAACAUACCACAGGAGAGAAAAAAUCAACUGUGCAAUAAUAUGGGUCAAGUAAAGAGCAUGCAGAAAGAUUCUAAAGAGGAUGGAUCAAACAAUGUUAUUACAACAGUGUCAAGAAAACGUGAAAUUCCAUUGAGACAUUCUGCUAGAGACAGAAAACCCUCGCUGCAUUUUUUACAUUCAUUAGCAUCUUCUAGUGCAUUUACUUGUAGAAGUGCCUUACUACGUAAAUCUUACAAACUCCAUUUGAAAAAAGCUAAAGAUCGAAAGGAAAAACAUAGGCAAUCAAAUCAGAGCACGACAUCCAAAGAUACCUCAGAACUGAGAAAUUCAGGAAAUGCAAAAAAGGAUCUUGAGGAUGGUGAAUUCGGGCCCAUUAAUGAAGUAUCAUCGGAUCCUAUUUUUUCAUCUAAUCCCUCUCUCAGGUGGUGGGCUACUUCUACUUCAAGUGACACUCUGUUGGAAGAACUAAAUAAUAGAUUUGAACAGAUAACUAAUACCUGGUUGCGAGUGGGGGGAAAUGAGUUUGAUAAAUGUGUAUGUGAAAAAAGGGAUCCCAUUGAACAAGCCUGUAAUACUGAAAUGUCAAACCCUUUAGACUCCUGCCUUGUAGAACUUGAAACAUCACCUGUAAAAAUGCUUUUUCAGAAAAAGUGUGAUAUGAAUGAACUCUGCACCUGGUUUAUGCAAACUACAGAAACACAGUCUCUUUCUCUAGUGAGAAAGGCAAAUGCUCGCAAUCCUUUAGAAGUAGUUAGUACUAGAGAGAUAAAGAUGGAAACUAAACAAUCUGAUCUUAGUACUUGUCCUUUCAGAAAGCACUUUAAAAAGUUUGCACUAUCCUCUCCUUCAAAACCAGCAGGGAAAUUACAAAUAUUACAUAACAUGGUGAGGUCUCCAGUCUUAAGCAUGAAAAGUAAUUUCACGUUAGCCAGAUUAAAAAGAAAUGAAUUUAAGAAGUUACAGCGUGAUAGGUGGGGACAAACGAAAAAGCUCUAUAAUCAGGCUUCCGGAGGCUGGAAAUCAAAAAAGAAAAAUUUGCAGUUCUUUUGCCAAAGCCAGUUGUUUAAAAGUGCAAGUGAGAAAACCAAUGAUGGAAUGCCCAAGCUCCAGGAAAAAAAUACAGUAGAAGUCCAGCCCACUCAGACUUUGGUAGAAUCUCAGAGUAGCCUCUUGCCAACUGAAAAUGAAGCCAGAGAUGCAUUUGUUCAGCAGAUGAUGAGAUCUUCUGACUUUAACCCACAUCCUGUUUUAGCAAAUAUACUUAAGUCACAUGCAGAGACAAAUGGAACAAUUUGUUGCCAACAAAAUGUUAGAAAAGAACAAAGCCAAGAUAAACUGUUUCAAAAUACUUGGAAAGCCAAAACCUUUAAAGAUUGUAGGAUAUUUCUGAGAAAAAUCAACCAUAUUGAGCAGCACAAUUCAUUUAAGUUAAAUAAUGUCAUUUAUUCUCCUGAAGCUGUUGAAAGUAAAAGCAAUCAGGCCUAUAUGGAAGAAAAAAGACAUCCUCUUUUAAGGUCCCAUUCUACUAAGCAAAAUGCAUUAAAGAAACAAGAAAAUGAAAUGGAAACGUCUAAAGGACCUAAUUCUUCUAAAGUGACUGAAAGGCUGGAUGACCAGUUUCACAGCAGAAAAUUAAGUAGUGGUGUAAACCAUGAUGAUAAUCCUGCUGGUAGUUCUGAAGUUCUUAUCAGAAUAAACAAAAGAAAAAGUCCACAAUGGGAGACCACUGAUACAAAUAUAAGAAAAAGGCAUAAGAGACAAUCAUGCAGUAGUGGACAAAUGGCAACUUAUUACCCAAAGUACCAAGUAGCACGCUACAAGUGAAAGUCUCGGAGCCGCAGAAUUCAAUAGACAUGAACACAGAAAAUGAACAUUUGAAGUCCAUAAAGAUGUGCCUUAAUCAGCCCACUGAGUGGAAUCUGAGUUUUUCAGCAGCAUCUCUCGCCAGCUGUAAAGUUUUUAACCAAAAUCUCAAAACUGAUGAGAACAAAUAGAUUGCAGCUGUUCUUGCACUAUUAUUUUGUACAUUGUUCCUGAUUUUUUUUCUGCUGAAUAUUAAGCAUUUAUUACAUUGAUCUUGAAAUGAUCUUGUGUGAUUUGGCUUUAUAUUACUACUAGCAUUAUUCAUUUUGAUGUACUUUUUCUUUUUUUAAAUAUAAAGUUUCACAUCUGACCAUCAUGAAAUUCUUGCAGUACAAAUUUAUAUCAGAAUCAGAUGUUCCCCUUUAAUAGUAUUGUGAUUUUCUAUGUUCUUUAAGUUUAAUUAUUAUUCCCUGAUUUUAUUUUUGUGCACGAAAGUUAAUAUAUUAUGUAAUUUGUGGCAUAGGUCACCAUGUAAAGAUUUAUGGUAAUAACAAUUCAAACAAAUCUGUAACAGGUGGAGACCGACUACCUCGAAGCAAAGCAGUAAAAAGAAAAGGUAAAUUAUCUGAGGAGAUCUCCUUCACAAACGGACUGAAAUGUAUCGAACAACCAGUUUGUUUCUGCAGUAUGCUUUCAUCUUCAUUUAUCUCGAGAACUUUUGUGUGACAGUGUUUAAUGACCGUAAUGUCUAAAAGAAAGGCCAAGCCUGCAGGAGAAUCUCUUGAAAGAUUGUCAUUCAACGAAUCUGUAUCUGCACUUUUUGAGGUUUCUGCUAAAUGGUCUUUCUUCCCCUUUUGUUUUUAUGAAUUUAUGCCUGCCACCAAUUAAA